AUGAGUGAUGAUUCAGAAAGAGUCAGCGUCCACGGCCGAGUCUUCCAAAGGAUUUCCCUUGACGAGAAGAUCUACUUCGCACCUGUAGCCAUCGACGACCGCGAAGAGAGCAGACUGACCGCUCAACAUCGCCUUGUAGCCAGAAUCUUCGGCGACAGUUUGUUCUCCUCCAGAGUGUCAGUGGAAAACCCCUCUGCAAUCUUGGAGUGCGGCUACGGUAAUGGAGAAUGGGCUGUCCAAUGCGCUGAAGACUUUGAGGAUUGCGAGGUAACUGCUGUCGAUAUAUUCCCUAUGGAUCUCCCAGAUCAACCCGAAAACUUAGAUCUGAUCUGCCAUAAUCUCAACGACCCUCUUCGCGAUCCCGAACUAUUCCAAGCGAACCAUUACGACCUCAUACACUCGCGAUUCGUGUUCCCAGGUAUAAAGACCGAGAGAUGGGCCCGGUAUAUCAGAGAUAUGAAAUUGCUGCUGAAGCCGGCAGGUUGGGUUCAGAUGAUGGAAUUCCUGCCUAUUAUUCAAUCCCAUAACGGAAGUCUUACGGAGCAGUCUGCCGUGCGAAGAUGGUGGCAGUCAUAUCAGGGCGCUAUGGCAAGCAUGGAUCGUGACCCAAGGAUAGGCCGUCGGUUGAAGCAGCUGUUGCUCGAUAAUAGAUACCGAGAUGUUGACGUCGAAGUGGUGCAGCUACAUAUAGGUGGUUGGUCCCCAGAUCCCGCUCAAGCCAGCCUCGGCAGAGAUUCUGUCGCGAUGAUUGGUGACCUGCUCGAAUCUCUUGGGCUAUGGCCGUUCACAUCGACUCUUGGUCGUACAGCCGCAGAAUUUGACUCUCUGAUGGAAGAAGUCCGUACAGAGCUCCAGGACGUGAGCCUGAAGCUAUAUAUCGAGAUGUAA